AUGACACAAAAAUCACCAUCAAAACAUUAUUUACUUCUUCCUAUUGAGAAUCAUCGAAAUAUAUGUCAAACAACAAAAAAUUCUAGUAUAAAUUUUACUCAUAUACAAAAUCAUGUUGAAAUUAAUACAGAGCAAAUUCAAUUUAAUCGUGAUAUUGGUACAAACACACCGAAUUAUGCUGAACAAAUAGCUCGAGCUAUUGAUAAUGGAAAUGCUGUUGAAGAAGUUACUCAAAUGCUUAUAGAAGCUGAAGCAUCUGAAUCUUAUUGGAAACUAAUGACUGAACGACGACAAAAAGCUAUUGAGGAAACAAAUAUUGAAAAUCAACAGUUACAUACUCUCAUUGAUGAUUUAAGCAAAGAAAACGAUAAACUUCGUAUAGUAGCUAAUCAUUGUGAUUAUUUACAAAAUCUUCUUGAAACUGUAACUGUUGAAAAUGAUAGUCUUCUUGAUGAAACAACUACUGAUGAUAGUCCAUUAGAUUAA